GGGGUUUGAGUUUUCAUGAUUAACUAGCAGUUUUACUGCAGUGGAGAAAAAAAUCUUUGGCAAGGUGUUUUUGAGCCAUUAAGACAUUGACAGCCCAUGAAAUAUGGAAUCUGUAGGAUGCCUGUUUGCAAGGUCUGCCUGCAGAUGUUCUAAAAUGACUGCCCUGCCAUCCUCUGGGGAAGUCGGCUCAUCUUAUCUGGCACAUGAAACAGCAGAGCAGUAAUGUCCACCGCUUUGGUGAUUCUCUUGGCACUGGGCAGAGCAUUACAAUGAGCACUCGUACAGGGUCACACACCGUCUAAGUCUGUUUAUUGGAAUUUUUAGUGUUCACAUUUUGUAAAGGGGAUGAAUUUAGAUCAGACUCUUUGCAGAGCUGUUUUUGGUUUGCAGUGUCAAGAAGUUUUCGAUAUUUCACGUGGUGUCCUUUAUGUGCGUGUUUGUUCAAUAGAUUUUUUGCGGGUGCUAUUCUGAUAUGAGAAGGAUCUGCUCAUCCUUGCCCUGUCAAUGAGGUAGGAAUUAAAUGCUUAGGAUUAUUUUUGUGGUUAAAUUAAUUUGUUGUUUCCUCAUUUAUGGCGUCGCCAGAAAUUCUAUGAUGCUCAUGCAUAAUUGCUUUCUGUGCUCCCACCAACUGCUGGUGGCAGUUCAAAUGCAGCCUCUGCUCAGAAAGGUAAAGGCAGUAUUCCAUCCCAGCACUGGAGUCCUGUAUCGCUUGAGUUUCACUGGAAGGUUUAUAUUGAAAGUUAAGAGAAGAUAUUUAAUGUAGGUGGUGGAGGGACGCUGCACUCUAUUUCGUGUGCAUUUUAUUGCUGAAGUUACGAAUUAUACAGCACAGAGGCCUGUACAACCUUGAGUAUAUCCACUUACUUGUCGUGGUCUGUGAAGGCCGACUCAAAGAAUUUUAAAGAAUUGUUCUUAACCUGUGGGUGUUUCGUAUGGUAAUUGUGAAGCAAUGCUUUUUCUGCAUGCAAACUUAAGUCUAAUUUAUUAUUCAUGUGGCCACAUUCACUUUCAUUAAAUUUGUUUACAUGGAUUUCCUCCUGCUGGAUGGAUAAGCAGCUUGGUGGCGGCUAGAGUGCAGAGGUUGUUUGCUCUUCAGAUGUCUCCAUUAUUGUAUUAUGCUGUGCAUUGUUGUCUGUUAUUUGUGCACUUGGCUUAGGAAAGGCUGGGGAAAGUGAGUCUGUGAUUGCCCGCGUGUAAGUCUCAGCUGUAGUGUGUGUGUGACAGUGAAUAAAUAAAAGUCCGACGUGAAUGUAGUCCAGGCCUUGGCAGGUCCUAAGCAUCUCCACAGAGGCUGUAUAUUAUGCUCACUCUAUCUUUUUUUAAGUCCAAGUGUGUAAUUCCUGAAGGUGCACUUCCUUAAGACUUUCUGUACAGUAUGAUAAAAUAAUUCAGUAAUUUCAUAGCAUUAAGUCAUGUUUGUUUGGUAAAAUCCUUGUUUGCAUUUUUCACCAAGUGGGGUCCAAAAUGAGCGCUUUGUCUGCAUUGACUUGUUUUUCUGUCUUUUUACAAAAGUGUCAUAAUCUUUAUGUGCAUGUUUAAAGUGGCCUGUCAGAUGAUUUAUUUUUAAUUCAUAUAAGUGAACCUCAAUUAUUUAAACAGCACUGGGAUCUGCACUGGUUUCAAGUGUGUGGAAUAAUGUUUGAGAGGUGUUCAGCAGUCAGCAUGUGUCAGAUAAGUUCUUAGCAGUACCCUAUGUCAGUACUGGGACUCUGAGGCUGGAGCCUGGCUAUAAAGGUAUUGCGCUGUGCUUUCAAAGAUGCUCCACAUAUAGACCAUGAUAAUCCAGGUCCACCCACAGUGCUCUGCAGCUCUGCCGCCAUAGCCCAGGAACAGCAGCUUUCCUGUCUUCAACUGACGACUGUCGGCCUCAUCCGGAGUUUAUAACAUGGCAUUUACUACUGAAAGUGCUUCCUGAACUGAAAAUGUCAGCUUAAUUUAGUGGUGUGCUUUAGAGUUACUAGGUACUGCAUGCUGUAAUCUUGUUUCUGGAAUUGUGCUGUAAUUUUUGGCUUUAAAUGUAUUUCUGUAGGAAACUUGCUGGUCAAGCUAUGUGACAGUGUUUCAUAACACAUCUUAUGGAUAAUAUAAGAAAUUUAGAAAUUUUGACUUUGCCUUUAUUUUGUCCGUGGGUGGAGCAUUGAGUUUUUUUUUUCCCCCUGUAGUAUGAACAUAUUUUUUUACAUAUAGGAAUAGGAACUACAAAAGCCUUAGACACUAGGCUCUGUCUGGGGAGGGGGGCAUAUGAGGGCCCAAUGCCACUCCCUAAGGAACCCCCCCCCCCAUUCUGUCUCUGGCACUACCUGGACAAGGGUGUAUUAUAGUAUUGUAUUUAUGAGCAAUACAUUUCCCUUUGGAUUUGUGCAGUUUUUCUCAUCAUUAUGGCUUUGCAAAAGAGGGUCCCCAUUCUUAAAAGAUUUCUACAUUUUAUGAACAGAAAGCAGGAAAUUUCCACGGUUCUUUCAUAAUGAAUGGGAUUUAAUGAUGUCUGUUAAUUGCUAACACUGUCAACGUUAUUCUCACAUCUCGAAUGUUCAGAAUGAUUUCCAUCUGCAAAAUGUGUAAAGAAAGGAUCUUCCCAUCUACCUGAAUUUGAUGUGGACUAAAGAAUAUUAGUGUUAAUAUUUAAACAGACCUUUAGUACCCAAUUAUGUGCCGUCAUCCCUGCUUGCUUUGUCUUGAGGGAUUAAGUAGCAGAAUGGAUUUCUUCGCAUUGAAGUGAUCGCAAAUGUUGCAACAGAUGACAAUACAGAACGAACUUGGAUAUUUUCUAUUUGACAGCCAGUUCUUGAACCUUGUGUUGCAUUUUUAAUCUGUCCUGACAGUAUGGCCUCCACACGUUCUGGGAUUGUGCCUGUAUUUCCUCUUUUGCAGGCUUUAUGUAUCUUCGGUAUACUCAUUAAGUUUUGCCAAAGUGUGUGUCUCUGCUCCUCACUCUCAUUAAUUUAGAGUACAUCUUUAAAGAUGUCACCUGGCCUUUUAUUGUAUUUUAUAGCCACAUUUCUUAUAUUAUUCCAAAAGACAAAAUUAGGAUAAAUACCAGUGUGGGCCUCUUAAUGGUCAUUUUUCAGAACCUGGAUGCUUGUGUGCUUCAGGGAAGCUGAGAUCUAUGUUGGCUGGACUUAGAAGGGGUUCCAGAUGACAGGUUUCAUCUUAUUGGGGAACAGUGGUGUCGGAUUAUGUAGGCGGUAGCUGUGGUGACAGUGGUAACAAUGGUGAAGACACCAUUUCAAAGUGCAUGGAAUGAGCAAUGGUUAAACGUUUGUGAUGAUUGCUAAGGUAUUAAGACAAGGAUGCAAAAGUUGUACAUUUAAAAAAAGCAGGACAUUUAGAGUUUUUGUUGAACUUCAGUUGUAAUUUAAGAUUUUAAAAAUGCUAUGGACUUCAAUGAAAACAGUGGGUUUUUGACUGAACCAUGUUUGAACUUGAAGCACAAAUGAUCGGGCUAACUUCUUCGUCUUUUUUUAACAAGCAGAUGCUUUGGAAAAGACCAUAAUGCUUGCUAUAUGUGACCGAACCGCGUCUUAUACUUGCUUUGUUUUUGACAGUCUAUAAAAAGAUAGCGCCCUAUUUAUUGUUAAAUCAAUUUCUACAAUCAGUCGCAUCAAUCUCAUUUUAAAUGCGUGUUUAGUAGCAUUCAAGCUCAGUGGGUCUGAGCGCAGUGACUUCCACUUGCUAUGACGUCAUGUGCCUACUAUUUGCAGGAUGAGCUCAAGAACAUCAGAGGGUGACAAUCCAGAAGUAGCACAGUGAUUUUCAAUCUUUGUAAUACAAAGCUUUGUGAUGUGGAAGUAGUGUUUAGUGGAAAAUCCCACUAAACAAAGUGCAUGUGAUUGUGUGAGAACGCGAGUAAUGUGAAAAAGCAAUGGAUGAUUUGAGAGUUGCUAGCUUGGGCUAUUUUGCACGCUCAGUACAGCUUGUGGUACACAAGGGGCUACUAGCACAGUAUACUGAAUACACAGAAUAUUGGAAAAUAUUCAAAUUGAAUGGCAAAAGCCCCAAAAACGCUUAAAACAAGAUGUACAAAUGAGGUGGAACAAUACUUUGUGUUUAUGCUAGGUUAAAGAUUUUUUAGCAUACAAAUAAAAAAUGUAUUUACUAGUUUAAAGAUAUUAGUAAUAUACAGUACUGUGUGCGUGUAUGUGUGCGAGUGUACAAUUUUAAAGCAAAAAGAGCUGUUGUAUCAGUAUCGGCACUUGUAUUGGAAUGGAUCGGAACUGAAAAAAAGUGGAUUAGCCCAUCCCUUCCAGAAAAGCGAUGAAUAGAUUCCGUCAUCAUAACCAUAUUACUGGGAUGCCUGAAGAUUGAAGCAGAACAUGGCAUUUCUUCUGAAUGUCCUCUUUUUUGUAUGCUCUCCUUGAGUCAGUAUGAACUUGAUGAAAUCUAACGAUAUUAAUAUCCAACCAAACAACAUGUUUUGACUAAUGUAGAAUCCAUGAACCUUAAAUUGAUGGGUUAGAUCUAUUCUCUUUCCGUAAUUAGCAGUUGGUUAUUAGAGAAGCAAUUUAUCAUGUCUGUCAUUGUUGGUACUCUCCAAUAAUGGCAUGUAAAUUUGGAAGACCGAAGACAUUGUUGUCAGUGCUCCCCCUAAAGGAGUGGGUAUAAAGAUUUUAUGGCUGUCCGAUAGAGGAACAUCAUUGCUGCUUUUCUGUUGAGGUUAUGUAGUUCAUAGGUUUUAGACAUUUAGUUUUUGGGCUCUUUCCGAACCUCUGUGUGCCUGUACCAGUUGUUUUUGUUCCACAGCUGCUCUGAAGUUUCACCUUUUUGCCAGUUUGGCCAGUUGGACUUUUAGGUUUAAUCCACGGAAGAUCCAUUUCUAGGGCAUAAACUGCUAAGCUCCAGCUCACAUCCUAACUACCAUACUUCUUGCUGCCAUUAAAAUUUACUUUGACUUAUUUAGCAGUUUAUUAUGGUUUUCCUUUAUUAAACAUUGUGGAAUCUGUACUUAAAAGGGUACAAAUAUCAACCCAAAUGGAAGCAGAUCCAUAUGAGUUAGCAAAUCAGUCCCUGACUGUGCUUCCAAAUGAACUGCCGUUACAGUGUAUGAAGUUGAGUUUCAUCAAUGUACCUGUUUGUAUGGUUGUUCAAUAGAUAGACAUAGAUACUUCACAACUUCCAGGUUUAAAUCUGUACUUUCUCCCAGCCCCCAGGGAGGAUUGUACUGUAGAUUUCUAUGUUUGUUCUGAUCUGUGUUUUUACUGAAGUUUGUUGUAGAUGCUAUUAUUGCUUUUAGGUGCUGCCCAGUCAGCGACAACUUCUGGUAACAUACCAAAGGAUAUUCCUCCAGACUGUUUAAUCUUCUGGGUCGUUUGUUUUCCCAGUGGCAUGUUCUUUGUUGUUCUGAAUAUUAUAAGGAGGUCAAGUGAUUGCUAUACAGGGUGUGAACUCCCUUAUGUUCUGAAUAUUCUGAAAGUAGUUUUUUUUUUAAAAAAAAAAAAAAAAAUCUAUUUAUGUCAGUGACGUGUUCAAGACCAUCUUUUUUGAGAUCAAGACUCAUCCAUCCCAAGACCCAUCGCAAGACAUACUUGCCUUUCAGCUUCAGCACCGCAGCCCUGCAGGAAGACAGCUCUCAGAUCCAGGACGCAGAUCGAGGCUCCCAGGAGAGGCGAAUCCGCUCGCAGGAAGUGGUGUUUGUCAUUCUGAGCCAGCGGAACUCAUUCCACGUGGAGCGGGCUCACAAACGCAAGGCCAGUCUCGUUCAGCAGGCAGAGAACAUCAGACAGAGCAAACCUACUGUGCUGCUGCUGCACAACCUGUCAGAUAAUGAGGGCGACUGGAGCAUCCUUCCCCUGCUGCCUUUCUUUUCUGCAUCCUACGGAAGAAACUCCUCCUGGAUCGUGUUCCUGGAGGAAGAAACGAACGUGAAGCUGGACAAGCUGCUUGAGAUCCUUGGAAAGUACGACGCCAAGAAAGAGUGGUUCCUGGGGAAGCCCCUGCAGGACGAGGAGUCCACCAUCAUCCACCACUAUGCCUUCGCCGACAACCCCUCCGCCUUCAAAUACCCCGACUUCGGUGCGGCCUGGGCCUUGAGUGCCCCCCUCGUCAACCGGCUUGCAGAAAAGCUUAAGAACGACCCACUUAAGUCUGACUUUACUAUUGACUUAAAACACGAGAUAGCACUUUACAUUUGGGAAAAUGGAAAUGGACCUGCUCUGACUGUGAUUCCGGAGCUCUGCACUGAUCCGGAGGACCAUCCCAACGCCUGGCGCUGUGCCACCACCCUCGACGCUCAGCUUCCCCUGUGUGGGGAGCCAGUGAAGAAGGAGGACAUCUUUGUUGCCGUGAAAACGUGUCAGAAGUUCCAUGCGGAGAGAGUCCCUGUGGUCAAGAAGACCUGGGAAAAAGAGGCAGCACUACUGGAGUACUACAGUGAUCAUGCGGAUCCCUCUAUACCCACCAUUGAUCUCGGAGUGCCCAACACGGAGAGAGGUCACUGUGGGAAAACCUUUGCCAUCCUGAAGAGGUUUCUGAGUGACAGUGUGCCCCAGACCGACUGGCUACUGAUUGUGGAUGACGACACGCUCAUCAGCCUCCCUAGAUUACGGGCCCUUCUGAGCUGCUACCGGCCCAGCGAGGCCGUGUGCCUGGGGGAGAGGUACGGCUACGGGCUGAGCCAGGGAGGCUACAGCUACAUCACCGGUGGCGGGGGGAUGGUGUUCAGCAGAGAGGCUGUGACCAAGCUGCAGGGAAGUGGCUGCAGGUGUUACAGCGACGACGCCCCGGAUGACAUGGUGCUGGGCAUGUGCCUCAGUGCCCUGGGGCUGCCAGUCAUUCACAGCCCCCUCUUCCAUCAGGCUCGCCCUGAAGAUUAUGCAAAAGACUACCUAGCUCACCAAGUUCCCAUUUCUUUUCACAAACACUGGAAUAUUGACCCAGUUGAAGUCUUCCACAAGUGGCUGGUGGAUGAUAAAAGGGACAAAAACUCAAAGCAGCCACAAGAGGGUGGUAGAGAGGAACUGUAGAGACUUUUAUGACUGGUAACCUGGUGCUCUUGCCCUGUGUGUGAAUAAUGAAUUUUGUGUGUGUGUGUGUGUGUGUGUGUAUGUGGAUGGCUGUGAAUACAUUGUGUGUGUACAAUGUUUUUGAAGUUGAGCAAAAGUGUUAUAAUUCACUGGUGUAAAUAUUCAAUAAAUGUUGUCCUCUCCAA